UCGUGAAUCACCACCGCCGCCGCCACUGAGACCUGACGAUCCAAUUGUGCUGGAGACUAUAUAGGGGUUGCUUUCAUUGUAUGUGUGUUUCGGAUAGGGAUGGUUCGGCUCCAAGAAAUUAAAAGAGCAGAGGGAGGCGUUUAAUGUAGUGCAGUGGAGCGUGCCGCAUGGCGCCCGAGACGUGACGCGCCAUGCGCGCGCUGCCCGCCGUGCUCACCACGCUCACCGCGCUCACCGUGCUCACCGUGCUCACCACACUCACCGCGCUCAGCGUGCACGCACACGCCGGCCCGCCUGCCCUGCUAGUGCUGCGUUCCGCCUGCUUUCGACAGGACUUGCCUCGUUUGCAUCCAAUACCUCGCGCUACGCUUCUCUCUCAUCAAGAGACAUGCGAUGUUGGUUGGAACGAGCGGGUAACUCGGAGGGCCGUGUCGACUCUGACCGACGGCGGGCUGGUGGAGAUCAUCGGAUGGCCCGGGGCCGCGGUAUGCGAGUCCAUAUCCGUAACGGCGAGUGUACUGCGGCGGCCGCAGCCAGCCUCGUGCCUGAGGCUGAAGGCGCAGGCCGCUGCGGUGGCGGAGCUGGCGCGGAGGCUGCGCUGGUCGCGCGCCCUGCUCCCUCGCGCGCCGCCCUCCUCCGACUGCGAGGCCGCUCUGCGCGAGUUAACGCUCUUCCUGCUAGAGACCGGUCUGCUUGUCCGGCGCGCGAUGCUCUCCGCCCGCGCCUUCGCCGACCGACCGGAAGUUCUCAUUUUAUGCGUAUCGGUGGCUGCGAAGAUCGGCAGCAAGAUAGAGUCGAUGUUAAAAGAUACCGAUGUUGUUAUUUUGCUUCUACAUUUUGAAGAACUCAUGCGAGACGCUACUGACUUUGCUAAUAAAGACAUCGAAAACUUUAAGACAAUGAAAUCUGAAUCAAUAAAAGCAUCAAAAGUCAAUUACUCGUCAGACUCUACUAGCGAACGUGAAAUUAAUGAUCACAAAUUGAAUCAUGAAAUGGUACAAAAUUUAAAUUCACCUCUAAGUUUCUACAACAUUCAUCGAAAAAUGCAAAUCAGGUCUGGCAAGUCCUCUAUGAAUUCAACUGAAUUAAGUACAAAUCAAUUAAUUGUUCCGUUCACGAAACCCAGUGAGGGAAAUCAAACUGAGCCUGCGAAUAUUGUUCACGAAGGUACUCGGUCAUUAGACGACCGUCGCGAUGCUCGCGGAACAACUAUGAGCACCAAACACGCAGAAAUUGAAUCUAGUCAAACGCUGCAAAUUUCUAAAAAAGAUUUAAGAUACCUUGAGAUUUUUUCUCAUUUUAACGACUUGUUUCCUGGGUGGCUUUUAAUUCUAAGUGAAAAUAUAUUCGUCGAGGAACAUCUGACGUCUGAUUCCAUCUCUGAGAAAGUCACAAAAGUGUUGGAGAGCGUUGAAGAGAGCGAGCGCGCGCGCCAGCAGAGCGUGCAGAGGAGGUUCCUCCUGUACGUGCGCAGCGGCGACCGCUCGGCGUGGAGCCGCGCCGCCACGCUCGCCACCAACCUCACGCGCGCGCUCGACGGCGACCGCCCGUGGGCUGCCACCGUCGCACUGCACGACUGGCACGCUCUGGAGCGCUGGAACGGAACCAAGCCCGAAGACGAGCGCGACCAUUGGAACGGCUCCAACAUCCUGGCGACCGUGCUGGGAGCGGGCGGCGCCGUGGUUGUGGCUGCCGGCGGAGCCCUGGCGGCGCGUUGGGAGGCAGUGCGCAGGCGCAGAAGGAGGAGGCGCGAGGACGUAGUGCUCACCCCAGUGCACUUUACCUUUCCCGCCGACGAGGCACGACGCGUCGGUGAGGGUAUGGAGACUAUGCUGUCCUGCUGGCUUCAGCAACUUCAUGAAUUCGGAGGCCCCGAACUGGAGCGACCAGACCUUCUAAAGAGACCUGGGGUCACAGCACGAGUGCCUUCUGCUCCCUCUUCCACUUGCAGUGUCAACCGUGUUGUGGUAGAUAGACGAAUAAGAUAUAAGGGCGAUGCGGUGCACUUGAGGCACUUGCAAGUGACAGGUACAUUGGAGCUCAAACGCAAAUCGACAGAUGUACUUCUAUUGAUGCAAAACUUGCGACAGGAAAAUGUCAAUCCUUUCAUAGGUUGUCUCUGCGAAGGUCGACCGGCGCUGGUGUUCGACGAGUGCUGGCGCGGCUCGCUGGAGGACGUGCUGAUGGCGGACGACAUCAAGCUGGACUGGACGUUCCGGCUGUCGCUGCUGUCGGACCUGGUGAAGGGCAUGCGCUACCUGCACGGCUCCCCGCUGCGCGCGCACGGCCGCCUCUCCUCGCGGAACUGCGUGGUGGACUCGCGCUGGGUGCUGCGCGUCACCGACUACGGGCUGCCGGCGUUGCACCGCACGCAGGGACUGCCGCCCGCGCAGCGCACGCCCAGAGAACUUCUGUGGACGGCUCCCGAACUGAUACGGGAGGCCCGAGAGGGCGGGGGCUGGCUCGCCACGCAGUCCGGGGACGUGUUCUCGUUCGCCAUCAUCAUGCAGGAGGUCAUAGUGCGCGGCGAGCCGUACUGCAUGCUCUCCUUCACGCCUGAAGAGAUCAUCGACAAGCUGUGUCGUCCUCCGCCGUUGAUUCGUCCGUCGGUGUCGAUGGGCGCGGCGCCGCCCGAGGCCGUGAGCGUGAUGCGGCAGUGCUGGAGCGAGGCGCCCGACCUGCGCCCCGACUUCAACCGCCUGCACGACGUGUUCCGGCAGAUGCAGCGCGGCCGAAAAAUUAAUAUUGUCGACUCCAUGUUCGAAAUGCUCGAGAAGUAUAGCAAUAAUUUGGAAGAAUUGAUCAGGGAACGUACAGAGCAACUGGACAUGGAAAAGAAAAAGACCGAACAACUACUUAAUAGGAUGCUGCCGAGAUCAGUCGCGGAAAGACUAAUGUUAGGAUCGCGAGUCGAGCCUGAGGAGUUCGAAGAAGUGUCUAUAUACUUCAGCGACAUUGUGGGAUUCACGGCACUCGCAGCAAGGUCUACAGCGGUGCAGGUGGUGGACCUGCUCAACGACCUGUACACGACCUUCGACGCGGCCAUCGAGCAGUACCGCGUCUACAAGGUGGAGACCAUCGGCGACGCCUACAUGGUAGUGGGCGGACUGCCGCAGCGCACCCGCGACCAUGCCGAGAGCGUGGCCACCAUGGCGCUGCACCUGCUGCACCUGGCGGGGCGCUUCCGCGUGCGCCACCUGCCCGACACCCCCCUGCACCUGCGCAUCGGCCUGCACACGGGGCCCUGCUGCGCCGGGGUCGUCGGCCUCACCAUGCCGCGCUACUGCCUCUUCGGAGACACCGUCAACACCGCCUCUAGGAUGGAAUCUACAGGAGCAGCUUGGCGUAUCCAAAUAUCCAGUACAACAGCUGAGAAGCUACUGGCUGCGGGCGGGUACAAGCUACGAUCCAGAGGGCUCACUCAGAUCAAAGGCAAGGGUGCCAUGCACACGUACUGGCUGCUUGGUAAGGAGGGAUUCGAUCCUCCGCUUCCGACCCCUCCACCGCUUGAUUGCGAAGGUGAGGUCCUGCUGGAGGUGGAGGGAGAGAGCGAGCCUGAAGCGGCUCCCGUGGACUCCGGCCUCUCCUCCGCGUCGCCGGACAACAGGCCAGCUCCCUAUCUCACAAGUUCAGAGCAGUCUCGUCGGCCGGUGUCGAGCGCGACCUCCGCGGACAGCUGCUCGCCGCCGCCGGAGCCACGAGGCUCACGAGCCCUGCUGCCCACCACCAGCGUCGACCACAGCGCGCCCUACGCACGAUAUAGAUGGCUGGGCGGCAACGCACGUACUCUGAAGCGGCAGUGGUCCCUGGAGCGCGGCGACGCGCUGGCGGCGGCGGCGGCGAGCGACGCGCCGGCCGGCAGUCGCGUCACGCCGCGCCACGCGCCGCGCUACCGGACGCGCGCCGAGCCCGCCGACGACGACUAGCGCCAGGAGUCCUCCGCCCGCACCACCGACACCUCCCGAAGCCCGCGCACGCGUCCCUUGCCCCGCGACGCCGCUCGACCGACAAUAAUUUUCGUAGUGAUCUCCUGGACUGUUCGACUUUAUUUAUUUCUAGUGAGAGCGACGUCGAUGUCUAAUGUGAUUUUUUUACGGGUGAUUUUAGAUUUUAC